CAAUGAGAAAUGUGAAGCUGCUUCAGAGUCUUGGUCUUCCCACUCAAGUUGAAAUCAGAAGAAGAACCAUCACAAUGGCUUCUUCAACGUCGUCUCUCUUCCUCCUCCCUCUCCUUCUUCUUCUCUCCCACGCUUCAGCAUCAACGGUAAUAUUCUACAACAAGUGCACCUACCCUGUCUGGCCUGGGAUUCAAGCUAGCUCCGGUCAACCUCUCCUCGCCGGCGGCGGCUUUAAACUGUCUCCCAAAAGAGCUUACACUCUCCAACUUCCACCGCUCUGGUCCGGUCGCUUCUGGGGACGCCACGGUUGUUCCUUCGACAGAUCUGGUCGUGGUCACUGCGCCACUGGCGACUGCGGUGGUUCUCUCCUCUGUAACGGAGCCGGCGGUGUACCUCCGGCUACACUCGCCGAGAUCACCCUUGGUCAUGACAUGGACUUUUAUGACGUCAGCCUCGUUGAUGGAUAUAACUUGGCGAUGUCUAUAAUGCCAGUGAAGGGUACGGGAAAGUGUACCUACGCCGGUUGCGUGAGCGACCUGAACCGGAUGUGUCCUGUUGGUCUACAGGUCCGUUCACGUGACGGGAAACAGGUAGUAGCCUGUAAAAGCGCGUGCUCCGCCUUCAACUCACCACGCUACUGUUGUACCGGCUUGUUCGGUAACCCACAGUCAUGCAAGCCCACGGCUUACUCUAAGAUCUUCAAGGUGGCUUGCCCAAAGGCCUACUCCUACGCCUACGAUGACCCAACUAGUAUUGCUACCUGUUCUAAAGCUAACUACGUCGUCACGUUUUGCCCUCACCACGGCCGUUGAUUGAAAAAUCUCAGUUUUUAAUAUAUGAAAUUAUAUAUUUAGUACGAUCGAGGCUCUUCUUUUGAGUUCAUUAUAUCAAGACUUUUGUUCUGCCGCUUAAUACAUAUUAAGAACAUGCGUUUACGUACGCGUUUGAUAAAUCAGUGGAUGUUUCAACAAUCCAA